AGAGAGCUAGUGGUGCAGAAGGAUAAGAACGAACCAAAGCAAGAGAAAAGAAAGUCCCAAAAUUGAAUGAGUCUUUGUUUGAGAAAGGCAUGAAACUACUGCUAUGGAGGUGGAGGAGAUACAAGCCAGCAACAAGUUCCCAAGAAUCGGAAACGGCAGCAGCAGAGAUCACAAGCCAUCACCCGAAGACGACGACAAUGAAGACCCAUCAUGCCUAGAACUCAAGAGGGACGCCGCCGCCACAGCCGCACCCGAUGCGGGCAACCGUCUCCGCGGUUGGCACCACUCCCGCAUCAUCCGCGUUUCCAGAGCCUCCGGCGGCAAAGAUCGGCACAGCAAAGUCUGGACUUCAAAAGGGUUGAGAGACCGGAGGGUCCGGUUGUCUGUAACCACCGCCAUUCAGUUCUACGAUCUCCAAGAUCGGUUAAAUUACGACCAGCCCAGCAAAGCAAUUGAGUGGCUGAUCAAAGCCGCCGCCGAUGCCAUCGCUGAGCUACCUUCUCUGAACAAUUCUUCGUUCCCCGACACGCCUAAGCAGCUCAGCUACGAGAAGAGGGCGAGCUGCGAGCGUGGAGGGUUUGAUUCGGCAGAGAUUGAGUUCGAUCAGAACUACAACCAGAAUCAGAACCAGACUGGGAACCAAAGUCAGCACCUUUCCUUGUCGAAAUCCGCUUGCUCCAGUACUUCCGAGACCAGCAAGGGAUCCGGGCUGUCCCUUUCGCGCUCGGAGGUUCGGGUGAACCGGUCCAAGGCCCGGGAGCGGGCAAGAGAAAGAGCCGCCAAGGACAAGGAUAAAGAAAGUAAAGAAAGCAUUGAGUCAGCUUGCCAGCACAACAUAAACAACAACAUUUCCCAACAAAAUGCUUCUUUCACUGAACUUCUCACCGCGGGCAUCGGCACUGCUCACAACAACAACGAUUCUCCGACCGCAUCUGCUCAUCAUCAUCAGCAGAAUCAUGGCGGCGGUGAGCCCAUUUUGUUCCACAAGGCACCAGCACCAAUGGAUUACUUCAGUCCCGGGCUUCUCGGGUUGUCCUCCUCGGCCCGGACUCAUCACUCGGCCGGAUUCUCCAGACAAAUCCAUUUGGGGAUGAACUCUAUUCCGCAGACAAUGUCGCUUGUCUCCCCGUUCAAUGUGUCCGGGGAACAUCAUCACGGACAUCACAGUUCGGAGCUUCAGCACUUCUCGUUUGUUCCCGACCUCAUCCCGGUCACGACCUCGACGGAACCGGGCAAUGGCGGUGACUACAACCUGAACUUUUCGAUCUCUUCUUCCGGCGGCCUUGCUGGUUUCAAUAGGGGGACCCUUCAGUCCAAUUCUUCCUCUUCACCGUCUCUUAUGCCUCAUCACCUUCAGAGGUUUUCUCCCAUAGACGGAUCGACCAAUGUACCCUUCUUCAUCGGAGCUGCUGCGGCCGCAGCCGCGCCAACCAUGGAGAAUCACCACCACCACCACCACCACCAUCAGCAGCACCACCAGCAAUUCCCAGGUGGAUUUGAUCGCGGCUUGCAGCAACUCUACGGCGACGGAACACGGCAUUCAGACCACAAGGGCAAAGCAAAGAACUGAUUUGUCUGAACGAUCAGUCAACCUAUCAAAGCUUUUUUCUGGAAACUGAAGCUAAACAAGUAGUGGUGGAAAGCUGUGGGGGGAAUAGCAUGUAGUUUUCUGCAUCGGAUGAUAGCUAAUAUUUUUAUCCUUCUGAAAUUGUUGCUAUUCCUGCUUUUAACCAUUUUCCACUUCUAUAUUUUCGGAUAUAUAUAUAUAUAUAUUUAUCCGUCUCUGUGUGCGCAAUAGCAAUAGCAUUGUCUGUGUUGAAGAAGAUGUAACUGACAAUUCGAUUGAAGUUAUAUAUUCUUUUUCUCUUUUUCUUGCUCUGCAAGUCA